UAUAUUCUAUUGUCUCAUUUCUAGCCAUGACGAUAUCCAUCAUCAUUGUGGCAGCACCUGUCAUUCUCUACUUUGCGUAUAAACUUUUGUACGGCACCGAUACUCCACACAUCAAAAAUCUUCCCGAGAUUCCUGGGUUACCUCUGUUUGGUAGCUUGCUCGAAUUUGGGACGAACCACGCAAAAGUCGCUCAAAACCUCGCAAAGAAGUAUGGACCUGUGUUCCAAGUGCGCCUGGGAAAUCGAAGGAUCGUAUUUGCAAACUCCUUCGAUUCCGUCAAGCAUUUGUGGAUCACGAAUCAAUCCGCUCUGAUAUCGCGUCCCAAGCUCCAUACUUUCCACACCGUCGUAUCUUCUUCUCAAGGCUUCACGAUCGGUACCUCUCCAUGGGAUGAGUCUUGCAAGAAUCGCCGUAAAGCAGCGGCCACGGCCUUGAACCGACCAGCAGUGCAGUCCUACAUGCCCCUCAUUGAUCUAGAAUCCAACGUUAGCAUCAAAGAGCUGCUACGCGAUUCGAAAGGCGGGCAAAUUGAUCUGGACCCGCGAGCAUACUGGCAGAGAUAUGCAUUGAACACUAGUUUGACACUAAACUAUGGUUAUAGAAUCGAUGGAGACAAAGAUGACAAGCUGUUGAAAGAGAUCACAGAUGUGGAAAGAGGUGUCUCGAACUUUCGAAGUACAAGUAACAACUGGCAAGACUAUAUACCGUUGAUGAGACUGUGGAGCGGGCAAAGCAAAGAGGCCAUCACUUUCCGGGAGAGGCGAGACGUGUACAUGGACCGCUUGCUCAAGACACUGAAAGAGAAGAUUGAUGCAGGAACAGACAAGCCUUGUAUCACAGGCAACAUCCUGCGUGACCCAGAAGCCAAGUUAAACGAAGCUGAGAUCAAAUCCAUAGGCCUCACAAUGGUCUCCGCCGGUCUCGACACCGUCCCAGGAAACCUUAUCAUGGGGAUAGCCUACCUCUCAACCCCCCACGGUCAAACCAUCCAAAAGCGAGCCUACGCCGCGAUCCAAGAAGCCUACCCCAACAACGAUGCCUGGCACGCCUGCAUCCACGAAGAAAAAAUCCCCUACAUCACUGCCCUCUACAAAGAAAUCCUCCGUUACUGGACCGUAAUCCCCAUAUGUCUUCCCCGCGUCUCCAUCAAGCCCAUCGUCUGGGAAAACGCAACCAUCCCCGCUGGGACAACAUUCUACAUGAACGCCUACGCCGCGGACUACGACGUCUCGCAUUUCAAAGACCCGCAUCUCUUCGAUCCGGAACGCUAUCUGAAUAUCCCUGAUGGCGCGGGGACGCCGCAUUAUGGGUAUGGAGCGGGGAGUCGCAUGUGCGUGGGCAGCCAUCUUGCGAAUCGCGAGUUGUUUACGGCGUUUGUGAGGUUGAUUUCUGCAUUUGAGUUUACGCCGCCCGUCGAUAAAAGGGAUGAGCCGGUUAUGGACUGUUUGAAGGCAAAUGCUAUACCGACGAGCUUGACGUUGGAGCCCAAAUAUUUCAAGGUUGGGUUUAAGCCGAGGGAUAAGACGGUUUUGGAAAAGUGGAUUAGGGAGAGUGAGGAGAAGACUAGAAGUUUGAUGUAGUCUAGUUCUCCUGUUUUGUAUCUUUUCCUUUCAGUGUUGUUUGGGGGUGUUAGGAGGAGCCUUCUUGGUAGGGUCAAAGAUGGCGUGCUACUAUCUUAUCCAAUUCACAAGAUGCCGCGAAUCAAUUAUUCGUAGUCUAACUUUCACACCGAUCUUGCUCCUUAUAUUUCUGUUCAAUUCCCCAUCCGUUCCUCCACCUAUACCUCUGCUCUAUCAGCAGAUCCACUCACCCCUCAUCGAAUUUCCCUUACCCAUCUGAACAAUCCAUCAUCUGAUCAAAUAGCCCUCUUUACGUAUAGAUCCCCUCGCCCCCGCAUGAACAGAGUAGAGCGGAUCUGCACGUUUUAGCCGGCCGUUGUUAUGCGAAACAAGUUUCACGUCUUGAGCCGCAAGAGUGAAUAUAAGAGAACUAAGCGAGAGACAGAGAAACCAGAAGAGGGACUCAUGCUCCGCGUCUCUUGCCGACUCUAAUCAUAUGAACAAAGGCUUGUGUAGAACUCGGUGCCGUGUCUUGAGCGCGCGCAGCACAUGUCCGGUAGAACCGAGUAACCAAACAUCCACACUCGCACCAAAAGAAGAAACAUUUGAACAAACAGCGAACAUUGCCUACGAUCAUCACAGAGACGUCACAGACAGAGUGAGGCCGUGUCAUGUACAUUAUCAAAGAGAUACUGGCAUUCAUUUUCCCGUAACC